AUGCUGUUCCACACAAUCGCAGCAGCCGAAUCCACCACGGCCACUGUUGUUACCAUCACCGCUGCCUCCCCAGCUUCAUCCAUCACCACAGGCUCAUACACACUCUGCCAAUUCUACUCCAGCGUUCCCGGCGCGACCGGCGGUGCAUCAGGCACAUCGUCGCUCUUACCUCCAUGCCCAUCGUCCAUCAUCACCUACUCCUACACGACCAUCUCUGUUCCGACAACCACCUUGCUCAGCAGCACACUCGGGCAGCCAACCUCCACUUCGUAUACUUUGUGUCAGUUCUACUCGAGCCUUCCCGCUAUCACGCCAGAGGCGACUUCAGCAGGCAUGACUACGAUAUUGCCCGGUUGUCCUUCGGAUCUUGUGACCAUGACUUAUGUCUUGCCGACCUUGGCAACGGCGACUGUGCCUUCGACUCCGUUGGCCUCUAUUCAGUCUGCUACCGCUAAUGCUGCUUCUGGAAGUGGACUGGUGUCUAGUUUCUCUGGGCUGGCUGCUCCUACAGCUGCGGUUGAUAAGUUGGCCGUUGCCGGUAUUGGAGCGCUUUUUGCAGUUGUCGGGGUAUUCUGA